GCCAGCAUCCUCAUCAGUAAACUUCUGGUUCAUGUGUCUUUCAGGUCUGUUUCAUGCUGGACUCACUGAAGAGGAGGGCCGACCCCAGCUGCUAUGUCCUCCACCUCAACAUCCACUGGCUGUGGUGGUGAUGCUACAGCUGACAUGGCUCUGCUGGCCUCAGACCGCUACGCCAGACUCAUCCUGGCCCAGAUGAACAAGAUGCGCCUCCGCACCGAUUUCUGUGAUGUGGGGCUGAGGGUCGGCAGCCGAGUUUUCAGGGUCCACAGACUGGUGCUCGCUGCAAGCAGCCCUUACUUCUCCGCCCUAUUUUCCGGGAGGAUGAUGGAGGCGGAUAAGGAGGAGGUUCAGAUCCUCGGAGUGGAGACUGAAGUCUUUGAAGUUUUGCUGGACUUCAUAUACACAGGCGUGAUCAGUGUGACAGUGGAUAACGUUCAGGAGAUGAUGGUGGCAGCAGACAUGCUGCAGUUGAUCGAGGUGGUGUCUAUCUGUGGAGAGUUCCUCCAGGGCCACAUGGACCCAUCCAACUGCGUGGGCAUCUUUCAAUUCCUGGAGCAGAUUGCCUGCAUGGACAUGUUGGAGUUUACUGAGAACUACAUCCAUGUUCACUUUCUAGAGGUGUGUGUCACCGAUGAGUUCAGAGGCUUGUCAACAGAACAGCUGGUGAGGCUGAUAAGAAGUGAAGAGCUGAGAAUUGAGGAUGAGUACCAGGUAUUCACUGUAGCCAUGGACUGGGUUCUCCAAGAUGUGGCAAAAAGGAAAAAACAUGUAGUGGAGGUGUUGGAACCCGUCCGCUUCCCUCUGCUUUCUCCACAAAGACUGUUCAAGUACAUAGAAGGUAUUACCGACUUUAGCCUGCGGGUGGCACUGCAGACGCUGCUGAAGGAAUACACUGAAGUCACAAAGUCUCCCAAAGAAAAUAAGAUGUACAGUCUGCUACAACCAGCCAAAAUGAGACCCAGAAGAAAAGCCAGGAAAUACCUCUAUGCCAUAGGAGGCUAUACUCGGUUGCAGGGUGGCCGCUGGAGUGACAGCCGAGCACUGAGUUGUGUGGAGCGCUUCGACACCUUUAACCAGUACUGGACCACAGUGUCGUCCCUGCACCAGGCCCGCAGCGGGUUGGGGGUCGCAGUACUGGAGGGCAUGAUCUAUGUGGUGGGAGGGGAGAAAGACUCAAUGAUUUUUGACUGCACUGAGAGAUACGACCCAGUGACCAAGCAGUGGGCCGCUGUGGCGUCCCUGAACUUUCCGCGCUGUGGAGUUGGUGUCUGCCCCUGCCAUGGAGCUCUGUAUGCACUCGGUGGGUGGAUUGGCUCUGAGAUUGGGAAGACCAUGGAGCGGUACGACCCGGAGGACAACAAGUGGGAGGUCAUCGGCAGCAUGGCGGUGCCUCGUUACUAUUUUGGCUGCAGCGAGCUACACGGAUUUAUUUACGUGAUUGGAGGAAUCAGUGAUGAAGGAAUGGAGCUGCGGUCAGCCGAGGUGUAUGACCCCAUCUCCCGCCGAUGGAGCGCUCUGCCCGCCAUGGCCACGCGUCGGGCCUAUGUGGGCGUCGCCUGCCUAAAUAACUGCAUUUACGCGGUGGGCGGCUGGAAUGAGGCACUAGGUGUACUGGAGACGGUGGAGAAGUUCAGUCCAGAAGAGGAGAAAUGGGUUGAAGUGGCCCCAAUGUCUACUGCUCGUGCAGGCGUGUCAGUGUCCGCUGUUAAUGGGCUGCUGUACGCCGUCGGUGGCAGAGCCGCCAGCCGAGACUUCUCUGCCCCGGUGACGGUGGACUCUGUGGAAAUCUAUGACCCUCAUCUGGAUACCUGGACUGAAGUUGGCAACAUGAUCACCAGCCGCUGUGACGGUGGGCUGGCUGUGCUCUGAUAGUCAGCAAUAUUCAAAUUGUGGACAUCCAUAUCAGCACUUGAAUCAUCCCAAAACUGAAAAAAAAGCUGCACCUUAAGAAACACAAAAUGGUGUUUCUGUCUCAAGUCGGCUUUCACCCGAUUGUAGAUGUUAUUUAUACGUCUUUCCGUUUUAUUUGUCCAGAACAUUUGACAUUAAUUGAACAUGACAGCGGAUCUGAAACUGGAAAACUGCCAAAACUUCUUCCACGACUCGUCCGUGUCUCUAUUUUGAAUUCACAAAAUAUCUUUACAGAAAUAUCAGUGAAAACUCAUUUGUAUUUGAAGACGAAGCGAUCUUUGCGAUAAGGAUAUUUUUCAUAGCAGAGGAGUUCUAUUUUAGACAGAGUUCUGCUUCUCAAGUCGACUCUUUGGGGAACUGUUCUUGGAUAAGACGUGAAACCACUUUUUAUUGGUUUGUUUUCUCUUUAUUUUUCCUCAAAGAAAUGUUUGAAGUGAGUGUGUUGCUACUUGGAAGAUGUAUCAAACCACUGGAGCCUGUUUUAUAUUGGAACCAAAGUCUUAUGGUAAGUGGUUCCUGUAAACAAUGAUGAAGUUGAACAGCACUCCACUGCUGUCCCACUAGUGCAGUUAUCACACAGUCAUUUCCACUGGAUUAUUUUUGUAUAUAUGAUACUGUAUAUAAUAGUGCCUCUUAAUCACUAUUUACAAUCAAUCGAGCAAUUGAUUGUCCUGUCAUUUCACUCAUCAGUUUCACAUGACAUUACUCAAAUUGAAAUUUUAACGUUCUGAUGUCGAGAUACACAUAAGACAAUGUCCAUAGUUAUGUAGAAAUAUUUCGUGAAAGUAUCUCAUCAUGUUUGCUCUUUGGAUGUUGGAGUUCAUCACGGUUGCUGACUGAUUGAAGUCGUUGCAGUUACAGAAUUUAAUAGUAAAAGCGUCUUUUAUUGAUUGCUUUUCAAACUAAAAUAACUUCCUAAUAGUCAUGUUAUGACAGGGUUUAAACUUCACCUGCAUUACCUCUCCUUACUUUGGAUAGUUAGGCCGAGGGCCUCCUCCACUGUAACAUCCCACUGAUCUUACACAUACAAGACAAACAUCUGACUUGACUACGUAGACUUGCAAGAGAUUUUCUGCACAGUGCAAACAAGGUAAUGUUAGACCGCUUCCCUUCAGCUCUGCCACCAAACUCGGCACUCAUUAUUUACACGGAACAUUGACGCAUGUCCAUCUCCAGUUAAACUCAUUGCGAUACAUUUAGACUGGUGUGAAAAUGUAACACCUUUAUGUAACGAAUUAAAAUUCCGGUUUCUGAAUCAUAUUGUGAAUUGAAAAAUCGUUACGGAGGUUUUUGAACACUGACUUAUCAGUUUGGAAUUGUAAAAGAAAGGUAGGCAAAUAGUCCAAUGUUUAUUGACCAAGCUGCAAAUGAAAAAUUGUCAUUCAAACACAUUUCAAUAAGGGUUUUUUGUGUCAAGUCUCUUUUCAGCAAAGAAUGAUUUUGCAAAUAUUUUCUGAUAAAUGUUUCAUUUCAAAGUCUGUCUUGUUCUACAUUUUAAACUAACUGGAAAAGUAUGUGCC